AUGGCUAGUACUUCGGGAAGAUCAUUCGUAACAGCGACUACUCUCUUUGUCGUCGGGCUCACACUCGUACGACGAGCCUCAGCCUUACGCGGCUGCACCCCCGGGUUCCAGAGCCUUGGGGACGGGUGCGUACCCUGCUCCGCCGGCACUUACGGCCCAAAUGGCCGGCUUUGCUUCCCGUGCCCCGCAAACUCGUUCAGCGCGGAAGCGGCAUCCAGCUGCACAGUCUGUCCCUCCGGCUCGACCGCCAACUCCGGCAGCGCUUCGUGCACACCCUGCUCGGCUGGCACGUACUUCGCCGGCAGCAGCUGCCUGUCCUGCCCGGUCAACACCUACUCCGCCCCCCUCGCGACGUCGUGCACGGCAUGCCCCGACCAGCAAGUCAGCGACAUGGGGUCCUCGUCCUGCCACGCCUGCGCCUCCGGUACCCACUACGACUCCGGCUCCUGCGUCAUCGACACGCCCACCUGCACUCCCGGCCAGUACCCGCUCGACGGCGAGUGCUCGUCGUGCGCGGCCAACACCUACUCCAGCGACGGUACCGAGUGCCUCCCUUGCCCCAGCAACGAGGUCAGCGUCCCCGCCUCAUCGUCCUGUCACGGUUGCGCGGACGGGACCCAUUACGACGCGGAAUCGGCCACCUGUGUCACCGACCCCCCUAUGUGCCCGGCAGGGACGUACCUCAACGGAAACGCGUGCACGCUCUGCGCCGCCGGGUCGUACAGCGGCGACGGCGCCACUGAGUGCGAGGAGUGCCCGGCGGGCCAGUUCUCGUGGGAGGGCGCGUCCGCAUGCUGCCCCUGCUGCUCCGGGUUCUACUCCGACCACCCCGGCGCGAGCAGCUGCGCGCAGUGCGCCACGGCCGGCGCAUACUCCGUCGUCGGCGCGUCCUCCGCGUCGGCGUGCUCCUCCUACUAUCUCGGCGGCCAGCUCUCCUGCCCCAGCGCCGGGCCUACCUGCCCCGACGUCGGUGGCGCGAACCCCUCCAGCCUCGCUCACCAAACCCCCGUCCGACGCCGGGCAGCGUGUGCUCUCGGCCAGCGCAGCUGCCCGGUCUACGGCGUGUCCGCGACCGGGCACGGGUACGUCCGCGGGAGCGAGUGCGUCGACGUCCGGACGGACCUGGAGAGCUGCGGCGGGUGCGUCGCGGACGACUCGCCGCUGGGCGGGCGCAACGCGGACGGGGGGCGGGACUGCAGCGCGAUCCCGCACACGGGACGGGUGGCGUGCCGCGGGGGCGCGUGUGUUAUCGAGUCGUGCGCUUCCGGCUUCGCGCUCUCCGAAGAUGGAGAGGCGUGCGUCGCCCCCUCCAAGGCGUCCGGCGCGCUCCAUGUGCAGCGUCGAGCUGCGGGCCAUCGUGCUCGACGCUCCGCUAUGAGCCUUUGA